AUGGAUCGGUCGAAGCCCGUGAAGUACGGCCUCGAGAUUCGCCGCAAGCCGCAAAGCCAUCGCCCUGCGACGGCGGCGAAGCCGUUACCACCCGUGCGAGAUGCGAAGCUGCAAACGCUUUUCGGCAACGAUGACGACGACGAUGUGGAGGCCGAUAUCGCGAGGCAGAACCUCAAGAAGCGAAGCCAGCGUGAGACGGAGCAGCAGCACGAGGCAGCGAUGGCGGAGGACCCGUCAGUGUUUGACUACGACGGGGUGUACGACACCAUCCACGCCGCCAGGACCUCGCGAGCCAAAGAGGCCGUGCAGAGACAGGCCCGCUACAUUCCAAACCUGUUAAAGACGACCAAGGAGAGGGAGAAGGAGAAGGAGCUGGUGCAGGAGCGGCUGCUGGCGAAGGAGAGGGCGAAGGAGGAGGAGGAGUUCGCGGGCAAGGAGCGGUUUGUCACGCGCGCUUACCGCGAGAAGCUGGUGGAGCGGCAGCGAUGGCUGGCGGAGGAGAAGAGGAAGGAGGCUGAGGAGGCGGCUAACGAUGUGACCAAGCGGUCUGACCUGACAGAUCUGUACCGCAACCUGUACCGGGCACAGGAUGCUCAAGCAAAGUCCCCAGGCGUGCGGGAUGCUCAAGCAGACACAGGGGUGAAGCCCAGUGGGAGGUUGGGGAAAGAGGAGGGGAGGGCAGGAGUGGAGGAGGGCAGGGAGAAGCAGAGAGCAGGGAGCAAGGAGCGUGAGCUGCCAGUGGGAGAGCCGAUGGGGCGGGGCAAGCAGGGGGCGGCAGCUGCUGUGUUGUCAGACGGACGGCAGAGGAUGCUAAGGGGAGAUUUGCCAGCGGUGGAUGGGGAUGGGGAACAGGAAGGUGCUGUGAGUGCGGGGAGGGAUCGGGAGGAGAGUGGUGGAGAGGAAGGAAGUGGGGGUGUGGGAAGGGGUGAUGUUGCUGUGCGUGCUGCUGCUGGUCCCGGUGCAAGCAGGGGGGAUGGCUUGCCUCUGAGAAGCAGCCAGGAAGGUGCGGGCGAGGAUGAGACGAGACAGGCUGGUGGAGUAGGGCGUGAGGGGGGUUCUGCUGGUGGGGGGAAUGGUGGUGCUGGGGUUUCUGUUGAACAUUCUUCGCCAGGUGUCAGAAAGCCAUUGGAGGGUGGUGAUAGUAAGAGUGUGAAGGUAUCAGCAGAAGACAAGGUGAGUGAUGCUCGUGCCCGGUUUCUCGCGAGGAAGAAGCAGAAAAGCGUUCCAUGA